AUGCAGCCAGCGAACGAAGAGACGGCAUUCACCCGGCUGGAGCGGGCCGAGACCGCCAUUAGCAGCCUAUCCGCCGACAUCCGGAACCUAAUCCAGGUGGGCCAACGGCAACAGCAACAGCAGCAGGAGAUGGCCCAAGCCCUCCAGAGUUUGUCGGUGGCUGCGCCCCCGGCUGUCACGGCACCCCGCCCGUCGACCAAGGCCAGGAGGCUCGCGGACGUUCCAGAGCCCCGCCUCAGCAACAUUGAAAUAUUCAGCGGAGAUCCCAUACACCCCGUCACGUUUGCAUCGGAGGCUGCCAAAGUCGGGUUCGCCCUAACGGACCACCUCACGGACAAGGCGCGGCUGUGGGGGCUGGCCGAAUACGAGAGGGGGGCCCCGGCUUACUACGCCCUCAAGUUCCGGACCCUGGCCGGCAGCAGCGGGUGGAACGAGCCGGCGCUCGUCAGCACAUUCCUCAACGGACGCGAUGAACUUGGCGGCCCGAGUAGACCGGCGGAUUCGGACGCGGCAGCGCAAUCGGGAGCGGAGGUCCCUGCGAAACCCGCCAACCGCACCUCCCCCGCCGAGCCCAUGGAUCUGGGAGGGGGGUCAUCGAGUGACGGGGUGCCCGUCAGGAGGCCGGGGCUCACGCGGCGUGGGGGGAUCCGCGUGAGCUCGACCAGCACAGGCUCUCCCAGUCCCAGUACGCUCACGUUACAGGCACGUGUCCAGCUCGCGGCGGGCGACAUGAACGUGGCUGCCCUGGUGGAUUCCGGGGCGGAGGGUAACCUCAUGGACAGUUGCCUGGCACGCCAGUGGGGCAUUAACUUCCUGCCUCUGAGUCCGCCCAUUCCCGCACGCGCCAUUGAUGGCCGUCUGAUCGGCGAGGUGGCCUUCGUGACAGAGCCAGUCAAGGACAGCAGCUCAUCCUGGGGCACCCUUGGCUGCGGCAGCACAACCCGGUACUGGACUGGGAGGUGGGGGUGGUUCGGCAGUGGAGCGAACGCUGCCAUCGGACGUGCCUGA